AUGAAGAACAUCGAGGAUAUAGAAAAGGGGGGAGAAAUGGAGCUAGGGUCGCUUCCAACGUCGGUGGCCGAAAUUGGCACGCGACACGAAAGGUCAGCAACGCGGUCAAACAGGGACACGCUCGGCGCGACGUCUCAGGACCUCCUCGUCCCUCCCGCUGUGACAAUGACGCGAACCAGCUCUCAGAACGCCCUAGGACUGUUAAAUCCGCUCUCUCAGCUGAACUUGCCUUCGGGAGCUCCCCGCAAGCCUCCGGCCUUCGGGAGCAUCUUCAGGGCGGCCCGAGUUAACCCUGCAAACGAAUCGGCAACGCCCUCCUGGACCGUAACAAACUCUGUACUGGGAACCCAGGCGACCGCUAAGACCCGCCAGGUCUCCGCAGCCCCCGCGCGCACCACGCCCAAACACCAGCAGGCUGACCCGGAAGUGCUCGGCGGCCGCGGCGGCGGCGGGGGCGCGGCCAAACCGCUCUCCGGCGAGUUCCGAGAAGUGACCUCGGGAAAUCCGAAAGGGACCACUUUCUUUCGCUCUCCUUCCCCACCUUUUCCCAGGAGUUCGAAAACUCGAAUGACUUCGCCCAUAGGUGCACAUCCGACGUCCGUGUGGGCGCACACGCACCCGCGACAGCGUGCGUCUCGGUGUGCUUUGCAAACAACUCUUUCGAGAGAUGAAAUUGGCCUGAUUCCGUGUCCUGAAGCUAGGUAUAACCGGAGUCCCAUAGUACUUGUGGAAAACAAACUUGGCGUGGAGAGCUGGUGUGUCAAGUUCCUUUUACCAUAUGUCCACAACAAGCUCCUUUUGUACAGAACAAGAAAGCAGUGGCUGAACAAGGAUGAAUUGAUAGAUGUCACAUGCACCCUGCUGCUUCUAAACCCAGACUUUACCACUGCAUGGAACGUAAGGAAGGAGCUAAUCCUGUCUGGCACUUUAAAUCCAAUUAAGGACUUACAUCUGGGAAAAUUAGCCUUAACUAAGUUUCCAAAGAGUCCAGAAACAUGGAUUCACAGGCGAUGGGUGCUACAACAGCUAAUUCAGGAAACCUCCUUGCCUUCCUUUGUGACCAAAGGAAACUCGGGCACAAUUCCUGCAGAAAGGACGCAGAGACUAAUACAAGAAGAGAUGGAGGUCUGUGGUGAAGCAGCAGGGAGAUACCCAAGCAACUACAAUGCCUGGUCUCAUCGCAUCUGGGUUUUACAGCACCUGGCCAAGCUAGAUGUCAAGAUUCUUCUUGAUGAACUAUCCUCUACUAAACAUUGGGCGUCCAUGCAUGUUUCAGACCACAGUGGAUUUCACUACCGCCAGUUUUUGUUAAAGUCUUUGAUUAGUCAAACUGUGGUAGACAGUUCUUUAUUGGAGCAAAACCACUUGAGAAGUGAGCCAGCCCUAGUUCUUCCAAAAGAUGAAGAGGCAGCAGCUUCAACAGAGGAAUCAAGGAUAAAUCUUCCUCAUCUUCUAGAAGAAGAAGUUGAAUUCAGCACUGAUCUUAUUGAUUCCUACCCAGGACAUGAAACCCUUUGGUGUCAUAGACGGCAUGUUUUCUACCUUCAGCAUCACUUAAGUGGUAGGUCUCCUUGCAACAUGACCCCAUUGUCACCUGCAGACAGCCCUAGGGGGACUUUGAGUGACUUGCAUGUCAUCCCAGCAAGCCCCCACCUGUCUCACGCGAUGGAAGUGGAUGGAUCCAAUGACUGUAACAAGCAAGGCUAUUCCCAGGAAACCAAACGCCUGAAGCGGACCCCAGCUCCAGACUCUGUAGGCCUAGAAAUGGAGCACAGGUUCAUUGAUCAAGUGUUGUCCACCUGCCGGAAUGUAGAGCAAGCUAGGUUUGCCAACGCAUACAGGAAAUGGCUGGCUACUUUGAGUCAGUGAAAGGUGGAUUUGUUCUACAAGGUUCCCGCUUAGUGCAAUAUUGUUUUCCUUUCUUAUUUACAUAGUUGCAUGACCUGUUGUUACUUGCUAACUACAUGUUCUUUGUUAUGUUAAAAGUCUAUAGUAAAUCUUUCAUUUUAUUUAUUUUGGUAAGAACUGGCAUUCCUUUGGGGACAAAAAUAGUUCUUGCUAAACAGUGAGUCUUAAAGUAAGUUCUCUUCCUUCGUAUUUUUGUACAUGAGGCUUCUCAUCAGUUCUCCUAAUUAGUUCAUACAGACCUCCACCCACAUUGGUGGAGUUGUAGCAUAGACAAUUUUUUAUUUAAAAAUUUAUGUUGCAUUUCCGCUUAAUAACAUUAAUACAAAUGCAGAAUGACUUGAUCUGAUUGUUCUGAGAAUUAAAUUUCUAGAUGGAUGAAUAUCUGAAAAUACAAACUAGUUCACUUUCUCUAGCAUGUUCUCCUAUAAAGUUACAGACUACCAUAACCAAACUCAAACUCAUACGUGUUGGAACUUACAUAAAAAGCAUGCUUCCAGUGUAAUCCAUUUUUAAAGUAGUUAUUUAAAAAAAAAAAACUAAGAAUUUAUGUAAUUGCAGUACUAGAAAAUUAUUUUUAUUACUAGUUUUUGAUAGAUUGUUUUUACCUCAAACUUAGGUUCAUACCAAAAACACUUAAUGUCAGCCCUUAUGAAAUCAGGUUUUCCCCCUAAAAACCUGGAAUGCCAUUUUUAGUUAUUACUGUUCUUUUCUUUUCAAAUUCACUUGUGAAAAGUGGAGGAAAUGUACACAGAAAAAUGUAUCCAUAAAAUUUUUCCUUUUUAAAAAGUUAACUUAUUAAGGAUACACUGCAAAAGUUUUAUGAAACGACUGUUAAAAAAGUUUAUUGACAAAAACCAGGAGGAAAGAGUAGUUUUGAAGAAUAGGUCUUCAAUGUUUAUUUUAAAAAUGAACAAAACACUUUGAUACUGAACUUAUCAGGGAUAAGGUACCAAAGUAUCCAUAUUAUAGCUGUAUCUUAUCUUUUCAUCAAUAAGGGCUGAACUUUUCAGGUCAGUGAGGUGGGGUGGUGAAACAGCCUGGUAAAGUCUACUUUGUUAUUGUAUUUCCCCCUUUGUAAAUCAUUGCUAUCUCUUUUCUCCACAUUCUCUAUUUUGCCAAUCUUUUGUAUAUUUUCAUCUCUUUCACUUAUGUGUAUUUUUCCUCAUCUGUCUUUCGGUAAUGUGUACCUAAGAUACUCUCUCCAUAUGCUAUGAAUUUCAUACCCCCACUAAAACACACACAAACACACACACACACCCCCCACAGACGUGAACAAGAUAUGACAAGUGCUGCCUCUCUGACAGUUCCUCUAAUAGAAGCCGUCUGUUCAGCUUUUGUGCAGAAUGUGAGUAAUACUGGCAGAAAUAAGCAUACCCAUCAUGCUUGUUCUCCUUUUUACUUGCUAGUUAAUCCUCUGGGGGUGGAGAAGAUGUAGGAAAAGGCAGACCUCCCUAUCUCACUAUUAUGGAAAGCCUGGACUUAAGUGUAUAGCCUUAAGGGAAAAGAAAUAGGUCCUUUACUUGAGAGUUAUGGUUUUGUUGAGUGGCAGAUCGUUGAAUUGAGUAAGACUUAAAAAUAGAAAAAUCAUCAGGAGACUGACUCAAGUAUGCACAAGUUGCUCUUUUCUCUUGGGGCAGAAAUUUCAUAGCUAUUUAGGUAUGAAAAUAAUUGUCAUUAUGAACAUAAUUCCAUGGCCCUUUGUGUGCAGAGCAUAUUUUGAAUCAAAUACUUGAAGGUCUAUCAAGAACUCUAUGGAAGAAAAACAUUAAUUUAUGGUUUUGAGCACCUGCAGGGGUUGCAGGUGUCCACAGAGCAGACAUAGGAGGUUCAGCCCAUUGUGCUAAUAAUACAUACUGCCAAAUUCUGGCCUCGGUCAGUGUGACAUUUCCCCAAGCAUCAGUUUUAGUAUCUUGAGUAAUGGGAUGUCUUAUGCUUUGAUAGAGAAAGUGAGAAAGUGUCAGGACAUAAUUAUAGACAAUACUGUAUGAAACAUUAUCUAAAUUUUUAUAGUACUCCAUGCCUUUUUAUACUUUCUACCUGAGUAUCUUGCCCAUCUCUGGGGUUAAUUGUCUUCAUGUCUUCUAAGGCUCUUAACCCCCACCCCUUUCUGAAGCCAUGCGUUCCUUUCCUGUUUCAUAGUCCCUUGUCUUCCUAAUAAAGUUUUAAGUAGGGAGUAAAAAUACAGCUAUCCAAAGGAUACUAUUAGUAUGUGACUUUUGUUUGCUACUUUAUUUCUAAAAUUUGCCUUUCUCAAGUGUUCAUCCACAGAGAACCUUGGUAUUGUUUGUAUUUUCUUUUUAAGUGGUCAACAUUGGAACUCACUAGCUGUUACAUAAUGUAUCUCUUUGACUAAUGAGCUAAUACAGUAGAAACCAUAUGUCUAUUUUCAGGAAUUUGUUAGUCUUAAGAUGGUUUAGGUUGACACAUAUUUCAUUAAACUUUCACUGGAAGAAUA